CCGCUUCCGUUCCGCGCAUGCGCGGCGGCGCGUUGGCCUUCGGGAGCGGAAGUGCGUGCGGGCGCGCCGGUUCCCGUCGGGCAGGCGCGAGGCGCCGGGCCCCGGGGCUGCAGCUGGCCGGGGGAGCGCGGUCCCGGAGCCGCCCCUCCCCGCCAUGGGCCUCCUGUCGGACCCGGUGCGCCGGCGCGCGCUCGCCCGCCUCGUGCUGCGCCUCAACGCGCCGCUCUGCGUGCUGAGCUACGUGGCGGGGAUCGCCUGGUUCCUGGCGCUGGCUUUUCCGCCCCUGACCCAGCGCACAUACAUGUCGGAGAACGCCAUGGGCUCCACCAUGGUGGAGGAGCAGUUUGCGGGCGGAGAGCGUGCCCGAGGCUUCGCCCGAGACUUCGCUGCCCACCGCAGGAAGACGGGGGCUCUGCCAGUGGCCUGGCUGGAGCGGACGAUGCGGUCAGUGGGGCUGGAGGUCUACACGCAGAGUUUCUCCCGGAAACUGCCCUUUCCUGAUGAGACCCGCGAGCGCUAUAUGGUGGCCGGUACCAACGUGUAUGGCAUCCUGCGGGCCCCACGCGCCGCCAGCACCGAAUCCCUGGUGCUCACUGUACCCUGCGGCCCCGACUCUGCCAACAGCCAGGCUGUGGGGCUGCUGCUGGCGCUUGCUGCCCACUUUCGGGGGCAGAUUUACUGGGCCAAAGACAUCAUCUUCCUGGUGACAGAGCAAGACCUUCUGGGCACUGAGGCUUGGCUUGAGGCCUACCACGACACCAACGUCACAGGCAUGCAGUCAUCCCCUCUGCAGGGCCGGGCCGGGGCCAUCCAGGCAGCCCUGGCCCUGGAGCUCAGUAGCGACGUGGUCACCAGCCUUGAUGUGGCUGUGGAGGGGCUCAACGGGCAGCUGCCCAAUCUCGAUCUGCUCAACCUCUUCCAGACUUUCUGUCAGAAAGGGGGACUGCUGUGUACUCUGCAGGGCAAGCUGCAGCCCCAGGACUGGACAUCGGUAGACGGGCCGCUGCAGGGUCUGCAGACACUCCUGCUCAUGACUCUGCAGCAGGCCUCUGGCCGCCCCCAUGGCGCUCACGGCCUCUUCCUGCGCUACCGUGUGGAGGCCCUGACCAUACGUGGCAUCAAUAGCUUCCGACAGUAUAAGUAUGACUUAGUGGCAGUGGGCAAGGCCCUAGAGGGCAUGUUCCGCAAGCUCAACCACCUUCUGGAGCGCCUGCACCAGUCCUUCUUCUUCUACGUGCUCCCCGCGCUCUCGCGCUUCGUCUCCAUCGGCCUCUACAUGCCCGCUGCUGGCUUUUUGCUCUUGGUCCUUGGUCUCAAGGCUCUGGAACUGUGGAUGCAGUUGCAUGAGGCCGGAGCGGGCCCUCAGGAGGCUGGGGGCGCCUCUGGACCUGGUCCUCCCCUCCCUCCAGCACAGAGCGUGGGGCUGGCCUCGCUUGUGGCUCCCUUGCUGAUCUCACAGGCCACGGGCCUGGCCCUCUACGUCCUGCCAGUGCUGGGCCAACACGUGGCUACCCAGCACUUCCCCGUGGCCGAGGCCGAGGCCGUGGUGCUGACGCUGCUGGCCAUCUAUGCGGCCGGCCUGGCCCUUCCACACAGCACCCACCGGGUGAUGAGCGCACAGGCCCCAGACAGAGGCUGGAUGGCACUGAAGCUAGUGGCUGUCAUCUACCUGGCACUACAGUUGGCCUGCAUUGCCCUCACCAAUUUCUCGCUGGGCUUCCUGCUGGCCGCCACCAUGGUGCCCGCUGCCGCGCUCACCCACCCCUGUGGGCCCCGGCCGCUGUAUGCCGCCCUGCUGGUGCUGACGAGCCCCGCGGCCACUCUCCUGGGGUGCUUGUUCCUCUGGCGGGAGCUGCAGGAGGCCCCGCUGUCUCUGGCCGAAGGCUGGCAGCUCUUCCUGGCGGCACUGGCGCAGGGCGUGCUGGACCACCACACCUACGGCGCCCUGCUCUUUCCGCUCUUGGCUCUGGGCCUCUAUCCCUGCUGGCUGCUCUUCUGGAACGUGCUCUUCUGGAAGUGACGUGUGGCUGUCCUGUGGUACAGACCGGGGUGGGGACUCCCCAAGCACCCGGUGUUCUUUUUUUGGGAAAUAAACAGGUGUUUUGUUUUCA